AACAUAUUAAUUCAUACUCGACUCAGAAUUCAACGUUUUAUGGUUACUGUCUCUUUUUCUUGUGCGUGUAUAGGUUUUCGACGUAAAACGGUGAUCGACUCGGUGUUUCGAUGCAAUAAUGUUGAAUUGCUUCUUCGUGUCAGCUGAGGGCGCCAGUGACGGAACACGAUGGAGUGGAUAGUCUGCAGCAGCAGAGCAGCACGCAGGUACGAGUACAUCGAUGAGAAGCCCACUUGACCAAGAAACGUUGUUACACCGAUAAAUCGAUCGAAUGCGGCGUCGUCGGUAAAGGUGAGGCAGUUGCAGUGCCAUACCGUAUGCUUGUCAUGGCGGCGUGGAGGACGAGCAAUGAAAAUGGCCGGAAGAUGCACGGGGCAGUGGGGAGGGAUGGUAAGGCCGAAUAGAAGGCAGCGGUCCACGCGUUCUCAGCAGCCUAUCCUAGAUUUAUUUCCGUGGAUGUUGCGCAAUAAACGUUGCGCUGUUAGCUCACUGAAUGCUACCCCUCGUUUGGCUUCGAAGAGGUGCCAAGGGCUAGAAUAGUACUCGGUAUCUCCCAAGAUGUCGCCACGAAUACGGAGAUUUCAAAAAAAGAGACAUUAGCUAGCAAAUAAUUGUGCUCUCGAAAUUUUUAUGGUUUCGUAUUUCCCAUAGAAAAACGAUUGCCGUCGGGAAGGGGAAUGAAGAUAGGAAAAAAAAUGAAGAAAAAUGACGUAUCUUGAUCGUUAACACAUCUAUGCGAUAUCCACGCAGCCGUGUUGUAAGAUAAGAUUACGUUAGUGAGACAAUCAUGAGCGACACGAAAACGCAACAAUCUCUAUCAGAAGUGAAUUUGCUACGAAAAUCAUCAGUUACGACACUGGUUUAACGAAUCUUCAAAGUUUAUCGAGUUUUAGUAUCAUGGCUAAUGGUCCUCAGAUCUAUUUGAUCGUUUUACUUAUUUCGUUGUUCUUCGAGAUCUCAGUUUUAUCACAACCAUCACAACAGUGCUCUGCGUAUUGCUUGUGUGACACUUGGUACAGUUUGGAACGCGCUUCUUGCAUAGGCCGCCAUCUUUACAGUAUACAUACAGGUGCACCGAACAACGUACAAGCUUUGGACUUAUCGGAUAAUGUGAUAUCAUUAUUAAGUGGUUUCGAACUAGCGAAUAUCGGAUUGACGAAACUAAAAUAUCUUAAUCUUUCCAAGAAUGCAAUCAGUGAAAUCGAUCUAAAUGCUUUCAAUGGUCUUGCAGAUUUAACCGUCCUGGAUCUAUCAAACAACCGACUCUAUUAUAUUUUGGACGGAACUUUCGAAGGGAAUAAGAAUUUACAAAUUUUAAAACUGUCGAAAAAUAAUUUCAGAUCACAUGUUCCGAAAUUACAAGCUUUUUGGUUAACGGAGCUAAGUUUGGAUUCAUGUCAGAUUAGUCACUUACCUUCUGACACGUUCGAUGGACUUACGCACGUUCGUCGCCUCGAUCUUUCAAACAAUUUGAUGAUUCAGAUGAGCAGCAACGUUGUGCAAACACUGCAUUUUUUGAACAAAUUAUCAUUAGAAGGAAAUCCAUGGUCCUGUAAUAAAAUUAUGCACGAGUUACAAACAUAUUUGAAACAUAGAAACAUCGAAUUCGAUGAAGUUUGCAGUAAAAAGGAAUACGUACAGAAAUUUGAAAGGAUGGUUGUUCUUCCCACUACAAAGUCACGCGAUUAUCAUCAUUCGGCAAAUGCGGAUGUGUUCACUGAGAAAACUACAUCGGUAACGAAACCCGGUUCAUCAAGUACAUUAACCAACAUAAAUUUAACAAUGUGCGAACAAAUGAUAAAUCAAACCUAUAGCGUGAAUCCAGUACACAAGUUUCUACCAUUUUCCCUUCUUUGUCUGGGUUUUAUAUUCGGUAUUUCAAGUGGACUAGUUAUUUCUUAUAUUUGGUUAUCAAGAAAAUAUCCUUGUUGUCGAAGAAACAGACACCAUGAACGAUUAAAUGACGAGUUAAUAGUUUCCCAAGAGUACUCCUUGCUGAAUUCGUACUUACAAGGGUAUAGAGAUAGCGAUAGAAAUUUGAUAGAAUCUUGUCCAGGUACUCCACCACCGCCAUACCGGGAGGUUAUGUUCCGACGUAGUCUCUAUCCUUGUCCAUCAGUAGUUACAGUUUUCCCUAUCAAUGAUGUAUAUAGCGAAAGGUAUACAUAAUUUCAGAAAGUAUCUUAUUGUUGCAGUGUGACUGGGACAAAGUGCAAAUGUAUACCUCUACUUACUUUAAUCUCCACUUACUUUAACUUAUUCAGGGUCCUAAUUUUUCUUUUUUUACAUUAUAUAGUAACUUAACCAGUGAUAAGUGAUUAUUAGUCAACAUUAAUACAAUAUACAUAUACACAUAUCUUUUUCAUUGAU